AUGGCACCGCUUCUGAUGCUCUCUGUGUUUCUGGGUCUUUUGGUUCAAAUCCACGGAAGCCGAGUCCCUGGAGCGCCAUGUGAUGUGAGCGCAGACGACAGACGAGUCCAGCAGGUGGCGCUGUCUGCCGCGAUCUCCUUCAACAAUCAAUCCAAUGACAGCUUUCUGUUCAAGCCCAAGCGAAUCACCAGAGCUCAGAGACAGGUGGUGCGUGGCCUGCUGUUCUCUCUGGAUCUGGUUCUCUGCAGAAGUGUUUGUCGCAAACAAGAAGAAAAACAUCUGAAGGAAUGCGACGAGCAACCGGCGGGAAAACUGCACCAGGAAGUCCAGUGUCAUGUGGAGCAGUGGGAGGAGCCAUGGAGUCACCGCAGCGUCACGCAAAGAUUCUGCUGCCUCGGCCAAUCAGAGGGAAGAGUCUGCUUGCGCUAG